UGCGGAAAGUAUUUGAAGCUUUAUAACCAUACAGAUGUCUUCUCGGUUCUAAGACAAAACAGACGUGUGUUCCUUCUUUCCGUACAAUGGACGACUAUUACAUCAUCCCGUUGUCUCUUAUCAUCGCCAGCUUAUUUACAUUCGGAUCGUGUUUUCCGGGCGGAGCGCCUCUCUGCUUGAUGAACCACCCCCAUCAUAAGUUCGCCGAGAGUCAGGCAGGGUUGUCGCCCUUCACCGUGACGCUGUCGUCGUCGACGUACAACCCUCGACAGAACAUAAACAUCAUUGUUUCUGCUAACGACCAGCGUGAAUUUAAAGGACUCCACCUAACAGUCCACCGAGCACCGAACUCCAAUAACACAGAACAGUUCAUUGGAGAAUUCAUCAUGUACCCGGAGGAAAAGCUCAAAUUAUUGACGUGCUUGGCAAAUUCGCAGAAACCUCUGACUCACAAAAACAGUGACCCUGUGACCAGUGUAAACAUCACGUGGAUGGCGCCAGAAAAUAACGUUGGUGAUUUAAUAUUCGAGGCAACCGUUGUGGAGAACUUUACGACAUUUUGGUACGGAAUUAGGACCCCACUCGAUUCAGCCUCGACAAGCAAUGUGGUGGCCCCACCUUAUACGAUUCCGCCGGUGAAGACCAUGUUUGGUCCGGUCAACUGGCCCGGCUGCGGUAAGACGAAAGGUUGCUUCCUCUUUCCAGACAAAUGCUCUGGCCUCGACUGCAUGGCGGCGGUCACGUACACCGUCAAGGGAGACAACUAUACCUUUGAAAUGUUUGCCAUCGCUGGUGGUUACGUUUCUUUGGGAUUUUCAAGUGACAAACUUAUGGGUGAUGACGAUACCAUAUCGUGUGUAUCCGACGGAAGCAAGCUGCAUAUACAACAUGGAUACAAUCCACCAGGGGUCAAGUACAAUAUAAGACAAUAUACGAAAAAUGUGCACGAUGUUGAAGCGAAAAUGGAUGAUGGUAAAAUCUUCUGUCGUUUCACUGUCCCGAGAGUCCACACAGUGGUGCAGCAUGACGGCGCUGUUAAAGAGAUAGAUCUGUCGCAAAACUGGUUUCUCCUCAUGGCAUGGGGGACAACUCCAAAAGGUGCUGCCGCCAUAUCGAAACAUCAGCACUCUCCAGUGGUCUCAGCUACGAAGUUGAGGCUGUCGUACAAGGCGAUCAGUCGCGUCACUAUUAGUGCAGCCAAUGACGUCAGAGGAAGGAUUUCUCUCGUGUGUUACGUACUGGCGACAUUCAUGUUUAUAUAUCUGUACUGAUGUCGGGUUACAUCUCCGUGUAUCUCUUUAAACAGAUUAUUUAUACAACAUAAUAUUUUGGCCAAGCUUGUUGCUAAAUAAAGUGUAUUAAAAAAAAUAUAUUAAAGGGACACACCCUAGUUACGGCUAGUUGUUAACCAUUACGGCGUUGUUUUUCGCUAUUAAACCCAUUUUUUCACAAAUAAAAUUGCACUUUACUUACCGU